AUGGCCGACACUCUCACAACAACCGAUCUCCAGGGCUCCCUGCCUCUCAUCGCCCGCGGCAAGGUCCGAGACCUGUACGAAGUCGACGACAAGACCCUCCUCUUCGUCGCAACCGACCGCAUCUCCGCCUACGAUGUGAUUAUGGAAAAUGGUAUCCCCGAAAAGGGCAUUCUCCUCACUCUCUGCACGCAAAAAUGGUUUCAAAUCCUCAUGGACGCCCUCCCCUCGCUCCGAACCCAUUUCAUCACCCUUGACCUUCCCCCACAGAUCCCCGCUUCAUUGCACCCGGUUCUACAGAACCGCAGCAUGCAGGUCCGCAAGUUGCGCAUCUUGCCCAUUGAGGCCAUCGUCCGUGGAUACAUUACCGGAUCUGCGUGGAAUGAAUACAAGAAGUCUGGAACUGUGCACGGAAUCUCCGUGAAGGCUGGUCUGCAGGAGAGUGAAGCGUUCCCAGAUGGGCCGAUUUAUACGCCGAGCACAAAGGCCGAGCAGGGAGAGCAUGAUGAGAACAUUCAUCCUGAUAAGGCCGUCGAGAUCCUUGGUGAGCGAUAUGCAUCAAAGGUCGCCGAGCUCGCCGUGGAGCUCUACAAGACCGCUCACGCCUAUGCGCUCACGCGGGGCGUGAUAAUUGCGGACACAAAAUUCGAGUUCGGUGUCGACGAGGAGACGGAUGAAGUGGUUCUGGCCGAUGAGGUUCUCACGCCAGACUCGUCGCGCUUCUGGCCUAAGGAUUCAUAUGAGAUUGGCCGUGGCCAGCAGAGCUUCGACAAGCAGUUCUUGCGCGAUUGGCUGGUGAAGGAGGGACUGAAGGGCAAGGAGGGUGUUCGGAUGACUGAGGAGAUUGCGCAGAAGACGAGUGAGAAGUAUAGAGAGGCAUGGGAGCGCAUCACCGGGGGGAACUAA